AUGGUGGUUUUGAUGUCACCAUUAGUGUCUCAUCUUCCACGUGGUCUGUCUUACAGUCAAGGUGGUGAGGAGCUGAAGGAGAAAAAGGCUUUGGUUCAUCAAGAGGAAGGGACUGAUGAUCUUCACUCAACAGCAAACUGUCGGUUCUUGGCCGCCAGACUCGCCGCAAAGCGAACAGCAGGAGUGCCUGAAGAAACCGCAGCUGCAAAGGAACCCAAAGACGAGAAGCGAGAAGGUGAAAAAGUUAACCCCCCGAACCAGGAGCAAGGAAACCGAGGCGAAGACCAAAAGCAAGGAAGGAGGAAUAACGAGGAUCCGCGAGAUGACCCCAGAAGAAGGAUCAAUAUGAUAAUGGGUGGAUUGCAAUACUGUCUCGGCACCGUAUCGUUGAUUAAAGCUUUCCAGCGGAGAGCCGAUGCAAGUGUUACCUGGGCGGAGCCUCUGAGCUAUCCCGCUACAACAAUCUCGUUUUCGGAAGACGAAACAGUGGGAAUCGACACACCACAUAGUGAUCCCCUCAUGAUCGAGCUUACUAUUAGGGAUCACGAUGUCGCCAGAAUAUUAAUUGAUACAGGAAGCUCGGUAGACGUUAUCUUCCGCGAAACCCUUAGGAGGAUGGAAAUCGAUUUGUCCGAAGUAACUGCCGUCCCGAAGCCAUUAACAGGAUUCUCAGGGGAAACAACGAUGACAAUCGGGACGAUCAGGCUUCCCGUGCAAGCAGGAGGAGUAACGAAAGUUGUGGAGUUUUCCGUAGCUGAUCAUCCAGCAAUUUACAACGUAAUCAUGGGAACACUGUGGUUGAACUUGAUGCGAGCCGUUCCAUCAACAUAUCAUUUAUGCGUCAUGUUCCCGACUCCUGGCGGAAUCAAGAUGAUAUAG